UAGAAAAUUCUGGAAAUGAAAGUGUCGCGAUCGCUAGCCAUUGGAGGUUCGGUGGUCCUUGUUCUAAGCGUAAUAUUUACUUAUAACUGGAUGACUACUCGUGAACCGUCAAGGGCAGUGACCAAAAAGCCAGGCGUCUUGAAGAAUGUAACAAGUAAAGUUCAACCUCCUACAAAAAAACGCAUCGAAAACAAAAUAAAGAAGCCCAAGAAGCCAGUCGUUAAAAAAAAGGUUAUAAAGCCACACAAACCAGCUGGCCUUCAGCCCAAAUCCAAGUCAAAAAGAAGAGGUUUAAUUUCCGCCAUUCCCCUGCUGGAUGUUCUAAAGGCAAGAAACCAACCAAAUAGAGGGCAAAGUAUAUUCUUCCACGAGACCACUAAUUUCCGGCGGGAUGAAAAGAUCCGCAUGAUCACUCUGACGCCCCGAGCGGCCUGUGCCAUCGAAUCAGCGGCUCUUCACAAUCCACGCCUCACUGUAUUUGUGCUUUUCGCAGGUGCCACUCAUCGGUUAUCAAGUGGCGAUCCGCUGAUCAAAGCUUUAAAUCGGUACAAAAACAUAAGACUAAGACACAUAAAUGUGCAGCGAUAUGCAGCCGGAACUCCCAUCGAAAAAUGGCUUAAAACUGGCAAGAUUUUUAAGUCGAAAUAUCUUUUUGCUCACGUCUCAGAUCUGCUGCGAUAUAUAACCCUAUAUAAAUAUGGUGGGUUGUACCUAGAUCUUGAUGUGGUGGUGCAGCGGAACCUGGAGAAGAUGCCUCCGAAUUUCACGGGAGCUGAGAGUAAUAUUUCACUGGCCUGCGGAGUGAUGAAAAUGUCCUCCACAGGAUUGGGCCACAAAAUUGCCACUCUGUGUUUAAAAGAUCUGCAGGAACACUACGAUCCCAAUAACUGGGCAACUAAUGGACCCGGCGUCAUAACCCGAGUGGCCAAACAACUUUGCAAUACCGAUAGCAUUAAAUCACUGACGAACAAUCCGAAAAGAUGCAAGGGAUUCCAGGUCUUCGAUCCCAAGACCUUUUAUGCCCUGCACUGGCAGCAGUGGAAGGAUUUCUUUCUGCCCAAUAGACUAAAUAUCACAAUGAAGACGAUUUCCCAAUCUCCAGUCAUCCAUGUUUGGAACAAAUUCUCACGAGCAUUUAAGCUUCAGAAAAAAACUAUCUGUGCAUACACCCAGUUGGCCAAGACACACUGCCCCAAAACUUUCGCAGCAGCGGGAUCCCUUUUCUAAACGUUGUUUAUAAAGUUUAAGAUUCUAACCAUUUAAAAUUUAAUUUAAUUUUGAAUAAAAGUGUAAUCAAAUUAUUUUAAGGAAAUAUUCAGAAGUUGAUUACGGUUUAAAUUAAACUUUUCGAAUACAUAUUUA